AAAAAGGAUUUUGUUUGAUUUUAACUAUAAUACCUACAAAAUAUUUUCCCUCUGGCACCUAGUCGUUUCUUUUUCUUUUCUACAAAAUGAUGAACCAAUACUUAAAGGAAUUGGAACAAGAUCCUUUUGAUCCUGACGAAUUUGUGGAGCGAAUGGUGAGGCGGAGCAUGGCAGAGACUCGACUGCAGGAUGAACAAUUCGAUCCUGAAAUGAUACACGAUAUAUUUACUCAAGCAAUUCAGGAUCUGAGGGUGCUACAAGAACGCCAGGAGAGAAAAUGUGCUAGACUUGAGCAGGCCGUGCAGGAAGAGGAGAAAUUAUAUGGAGAUAAGCUGUCCGAAAUCAUGGAUCAACAUACUCACUGUGUGAACGUGUUCAGUUCACUAGACGAACGCAUGUCACGUUGCGGCGGUCGGGCGCUCGACGUCGGCGAGAAGUUGGGUGCUGCGCGAGCGCCGAGAGCUCGCGCCGCCGCUGCCAGAGACCUCCUUUCACACUUAGCGCACUUCCUUAGCCCGGGGCCUGUAUUGACGGAUUUGUUUAAUGAUCCUAGCAAGUUAAAUGAAGCUGCGGAUGUAAUACAGAAACUCCAUACAAUUGCCCAAGAAUUACCACCAGACAAAUUCGAAGUAGCCAAAAAGAAGAUUGAAGCAAAAUAUGAUGAAAUAGAAAGAAACCUAAUUGAUGAGUUUGUUAAAGCUCAAAAUCAGGGCAACAUGAGCAAGAUGAAAGAAAUAGCCAGUAUUAUGACUAAUUUUAAAGGAUACUCGCAGUGUGUUGAUGCUUUCAUUGAGACCAGUCAAAUGAACACUCUUCUAGGGAAAGAUAUAUUCUCAGCCGUGCUGCCGUUAUGCAAAAAGAACUACACAGUGAUUAGCAAUGUGUUCCCCAACCCCGACCAAGUUAUGAGCAAAUUUGUUCUCAAUAUCUUCCACCUUAAGCUACAGAAAUACAUUCAGACCAAGUUGGCUGAUAAAAACGACAUCGAGAAGUACUUGAGGAAUCUAUACGACAUGUAUACAAGUACUCAACGCGUAUGCGACGAACUAGUAGCGGAAGGUUUAGUAUCAGCUGAUGGGAAUACAUCCACCGGGGAUCUCAGACGCGAGGCUCUAGUCAACGGGGCAAUGGCGGCCGCCACUGAUGGCUAUGCCGCUAUGGAGUCGAGGAGAUUAAGAGCUGUGCUUGCAAACGCUCUCAACACUUACUAUACUGAGAAACAACAUAUCAAGAAGCAGAUUCAGGGUGGCGGUUUUCAAGAGCUCCGCCGGGACCUACAAGCGGUAAUCGGUACGCGGGCCAACAUCAACAUCAAUAUCGCGCAGAUCGAGAACUACGGCGGGGAGACCUUUCUCAGUGAACCGUUGGUCCAGAAGAUGCUCGCUGACGCUAAAACUUCCUUUACGCGUUGCAAAACUCUGUGCACAACAAAUGAACUACCCGUUACAACAAUCUCGCUACUAGAAGUACUCAUCCAGCAUCUUCUCGUCGAGCACGUGGACUACGCGCUAGACCUCGGCCUGCAAUCUAUCCCCAUUGCUGAGAGCAAGUCGCCACCACAGAUCCAUUUCUUCGACAUAGUCAAGCAAGCGAACAAAAUAGUGAAAAUGUUUGAAGAACAUUUUCAGGAAUCCAUUUUGCCUUGCAUGAGUUCCACGUCAAAACAGGGCGAAUGUGUUCACAAGAAGACGGUAAUAAUGGAGCAGCUUGAGAACAAGCUAGACGCGGGUUUGGAGCGUGCGAUAUCGGCGAUCGUAGGGUGGGUUAAGAUACACCUACAGACCGAGCAGAAGAAGACUGACUUCAAGCCAGAGGGAGACAUCGACACUGUUGCUUCACCAGCAUGUCUAGCUGUAGUCUCGUACCUAAGUUCGGUGAUGGAAAAGAUCCACGACGGGCUGGAAGGGGAGAACUUAAACGCAGUGACCCUGGAGCUCGCUGUGAGACUGCACCGCGUUAUCUACGAGCACCUGCAGAACUUUCAAUUCAACUCAGCUGGAGCAAUGAUAGCAAUCUGCGACGUGAAAGAAUAUCGCUCCGCGGCGUGUGGGCGCGGCGCGCGCGUUGCCCCAGCACCGGCGCACGCGCUCUUCGACGCGCUGCACGCGCUCUGCAAUCUGCUGCUCGUCAAGCCGGAGAACCUGAACCAGGUCUGCGAGGGAGAGACCCUGGCGGAGCUGGACCACUCUAUAUUGUUGAACUUCAUCCAGCUGCGGUCCGACUAUAAGAGCCACAAACUCGGAAGUUUUCUCAAAGGGCUCUCUUAAGAUAAUAAUUUAAUAUAAGGAAAAUCGUACGUUUUUCGUAG